AUUCUGAUCGGUGAAUGGCUCGCCAGCAAAAUGUCAGGGAUGACAGGUGCCAGCAUGCUUCGUACGCGCCGCAAGGAUGUCAACGUCAAGCCGAAUCGGAAAUUGGACCGGAAAUCGUCCCGGGGCAUGCUAUACGAGAACGAAGAACUCCGACUACGCACAAUAAACAUAAAUGCUGAAGUUGAAAGAGGUCAGUCAGAUAUAAAGAAGUUAAAACGUGAAAACGAACAGCUGAAGAGGGAGAUAUCGGCCCUUCGUUAUGAGUACGACAGACUGGACAGCAUGCUCAGGGAGAGAAGGUCAUCACCAGAACACUCGGACGACAGCGUGUCGUUAUGCAGCGCGUGUCCAGAAUGUGCCAGUGUGGACGGUUCGUCGCGAGCGGUCGCCUUCCAUGACCUGAGCGUGGUGCCUGAAGAAGGCGAACAGGAACCUAAG